AUGGCAUCUCCAAGCUCAUCCAGCCCGGUGAAUAGAACUGCUCUAGUUCUCAUCGACGUUUACAAUGAAUUUCUUCACCCUGAGGGAAAGAUCAACCCUUUUGUCAGCGAAUCCAUGGCCAAGACGAACACUUUAGACCAUUUACAAGAGGUCGUCAAAGCAGCUCGCAAGGCCGGCAUACCGAUCUACUAUUCUUUGCAUCAGCAAUGGAAGGAAGGUAACUACCAGGGAUGGCUUCACAUGAACCCAACAACAUCUGGAAUGAGCCAGCAUAGGCUGCUCCAGGAAGGGAGUUGGGGAGCCGAGAUCUAUCCCGGACUAGAGCCAGACGUCCUCGGAAAUAAAGACGUUGUAGUUAGUAAACACUGGAAUAGCAGGUCUGACGCCACGGCUGGUCAUUCGCCUGCCCACCACGAUGCAGGAAAGAACCUGAUCUGGCCGCUUAUCGUAGAUGAAGUGAAGACAGUUAGCCAGUGGGCUGAAAGUCUUGAAGAGGAUGCGAAGAAAGAUAAUCGAGUCAAGUCCGGCUUGUAA